CGCCCUCCUCCGCCAGCGCCUCCACCGCGGCAGGAAGAGCACCCGCUGAGAGGGAGCAUGAGCGGCGCAGGGGCCCAGCCGCAGCCGACCCCCGGACCCGGGUCGAGCCCCGCGGGGCCCGGGGGCGACUCUGAGUCGGAGCCCCCUCCGUCGAUGCUGAGCGUCGACUUGCCCGGUCUGGUGUCGCAGUUCGCGCGGAGCUUCGCGCUGGUUUUCCCCGUCUACGUUCUGGGCUACCUGGGGCUGAGCUUCAGCUGGGUCCUCAUCGCCUUGCUCUGCCUCUUCUGGGUGCGAAGGCACAGAGGCGGAAAGAGCUCCCGCCUGGGCCGGGCGCUCGCUUUCCUGCAGGACGAGGAGCGGGCCGUGAGGCUCACCGUCUCCACCGGCGACCUGCCCGCCUGGGUCCACUUUCCAGAUACAGAAAGAGCAGAAUGGCUGAAUAAGACUGUAAAACACAUGUGGCCUUUCAUUUGUCAGUUUAUUGAGAAACUUUUCCGUGAAACGAUAGAACCAGCAGUGAGAGGAGCAAACAGCCACCUGAGCACAUUCAGUUUCACAAAAAUUGAUAUAGGACAUCAGCCUCUUAGGAUUAAUGGUGUUAAAGUAUACACUGAAAAUGUGGAUAAAAGGCAGAUCAUUCUGGAUCUUCAAAUCAGUUUCGUUGGCAAUUGUGAAAUUGACUUGGAGAUCAAGAGGUAUUUCUGUAGAGCUGGUGUGAAGAGUAUUCAGAUUCAUGGUACAAUGAGAGUUAUAUUAGAACCUUUACUUGGAGACAUGCCCUUAGUUGGAGCACUAUCUUUAUUUUUCCUUAGGAAACCGCUUUUGGAAAUUAACUGGACAGGACUGACUAAUCUUCUGGAUAUUCCAGGACUAAAUGGUUUAUCAGACACUAUAAUACUAGAUAUAAUAUCCAAUUAUCUAGUGCUUCCAAAUCGGAUCACUGUUCCUCUUGUCAGUGAGGUGCAGAUUGCUCAGUUGCGGUUCCCCAUACCAAAGGGUGUGCUAAGGAUACACUUUAUUGAAGCUCAGGAUCUUGAGGGAAAAGAUACUUACCUAAAGGGAAUUGUUAAGGGAAAGUCGGAUCCUUAUGGAAUCAUUCGUGUUGGUAAUCAAAUCUUCCAAACCAAAGUAAUCAAAGAAAAUCUCAACCCAAAGUGGAAUGAAGUGUAUGAGGCCUUAGUGUAUGAGCACCCAGGACAGGAGUUAGAGAUUGAACUCUUUGAUGAAGACCCAGACAAGGAUGACUUUCUGGGAAGUCUAAUGAUAGACCUAACUGAGGUUGAAAAGGAGCGCCACCUAGAUGAGUGGUUUACUUUGGAUGAAGUCUCCAAAGGAAAGUUACAUUUAAAACUCGAAUGGCUCACAUUGAUGCCUACUGCAGAAAAUCUUGACCAGGUGCUAAAAAGCAUUAGAGCUGAUAAAGACCAAGCCAAUGAUGGGCUUUCAUCAGCAUUGCUUAUUCUCUAUUUGGACUCAGCAAGAAAUCUGCCAAGUAUCUACGAGGGAAACUUUGGGUGUGGAUACUUAAAAGAGAGGAGAGCAUCGGGACUAGUCUUUUGUGAAAACACUACCUCACUCUAUAGAACACUAUUUUCAGGAAAGAAAAUGAACAGCAACCCUAAUCCGCUUGUCUUGCUGACAGUUGGACACAAGGCACAAGAAAGUAAGAUUCGCUACAAAACCAAUGAACCGGUGUGGGAAGAAAAUUUCACUUUCUUUGUUCAUAAUCCUAGGCGGCAAGAACUAGAAGUUGAGGUCAAGGAUGAACAACACCAGUGCUCCUUGGGAAAUUUCAAGCUUCCUCUGAGCCAACUUCUUGAGAGUGAAGAUCUAACUAUGCAUCAGAGAUUUCACCUUAGCAAUUCUGGUCCAAACAGCACUGUAAACAUGAAGAUUGCUCUCAGGAUCCUUUCUCUUGAAAAGCAAGAGAGGUCUCCAGACCACAAACAUUCGGCCCAAGUGAAGAGGCCAUCUGUUUCCAAAGAUGCAAGAAAAGGUUCUUUCAAGCCUCAGGUUCCCAUUUCUCCAGCUGCUGACUUGAACAAACCCCCUGCUUCCACAGCAACAGACACUGAUAAAAAGACUGAUGUGGUUGAAAAAAGCCAUCCCUCAAAUCCUAGUCCUCAGUGGCCAACAGAUCUUAGCAGAAGUUCUUCCAGUCUGCUUGCCUCCAACUUGAGUUAUUCACCCAGCCAUCUUUCAGUCAAAGAACCAACUCCAAGUAUAGCUUCGGACAUAUCACUACCCAUUGCCACGCAGGAGCUGCGGCAGCGACUGAGACAACUUGAAAAUGGCACAACGUUAGGACAGUCUCCAUUGGGACAGAUUCAGUUAACAAUACGUCACAGCUCACAAAGAAACAAACUUAUGGUAGUGGUUCACACAUGUAGAAAUCUAAUCGCCUUUUCAGAGGAAGGAUCUGACCCCUAUGUUCGAAUGUAUUUAUUACCUGACAAGAGGAGAUCAGGAAGAAGAAAAACAAGUGUUUCCAAGAAGAAUUUAAAUCCAGUAUUUGAUCAGGCUUUUGAUUUCAGUGUUUCAUUAGCUGACUUGCAGAGAAGAACACUAGAUGUAGCAGUGAAAAACAGUGGAGGUUUCCUGUCCAAAGACAAAGGGCUGCUUGGUAAGGUAUUGAUACCACUGGCUUCUGAAGAACUUUCCAAAAAUUUUACCCAGUGGUAUGACUUGACUGAGGAUGGUACAAGACCACGCACUGCACCUUAGGCAGAUUUGGAUGCCAGAAGAUCCCAUUAGCAUACAUUUGCCAACCUUUAUAUAUUUUAUCAGCAUCGUUCAUGAAGAUGUACCAAUAUUAUUUUUAUAACUCUUAGUUAUUAGGCUCACCACUGCUUCUCAACUGUUUUUAUAACACCUGGACAUUUUAUGUAGGCUUAAGUCAGUUUAAUUGUAAACCUUUUCUUCAUUUGUUACAGCUAUUUUAAUGUGCAAUGGAAUUUGUAGUGUAACCAUUUGUUUAAAUGGACCCUUUUAUGGUGUUUGUACCCCUGAAAAAAAUGAAACAAUGUUUAUCUGUCUUUCCUACUUUGUUUCAUACCUCACCAAGGUGGCUACCAUGUAAAUAGAUACUAUUUUUUAAAUUGAAUUUUCCUCUGUGGUUUGGAGACAGAAAAAAAUGUCAAAGCAAAUAGCUCCUUUCUUCUAAAUGCAUGCUAUAAAAUCUUAAGGCAGUGUUUUGGGAAUGGUUUUAGCAGCAAAAUGGUCGUACUAAUGUUAAGAAUUUAUGGAUUUCUUCUGUUUUAAAAAAGUCUGGAAGAAAUUAAUGUAAUGGUUAGCCCACAUAUUUCUGGCCUUAAAGGCUUGCAAAAGAGGAGAGUACAAUGUAGUAACUUUUUAAAUAUUUAUAAGAAUGUAUUCCUGGAAUUUGAGAUAAUGCCUAUAAUUCACACAUUCAUUCAGAUAUUAUAAAGAAAAUAUAUAAAAUGAUAUAUAAAUAAGAUUAUCAAGGUCCUGAAAUCACAGUAUAUUCAUAUGGGGUCUCCAGUGAUGUGAAAGUGAAUGCUUUGGUAGCACAAUUUUUAAAUGCACUUUGCAGUCAUUGCUGCCUGUUUGUUUUGUUGCCCCACCCUAGUACCAUAAAAUAGUCUAUGCAAGAGCAUAAUUAAAGUGUAUAAUAGAUUACUGUUCAGUAACCAUACUGAUAAUCUACCAUUUGUGGUGGUAUCAGAUUGAUUGCUUCAGAUAAAAAAUAGUUUAAUACAUGUGUUUACUAUUGAUACCAUAAAAUGCUAGCAGAUCUGUUGUUGUUAAACUGGAACUCAAGCUAUAGAAUGCUCCAAACCUAAAUUUCUGGCUGACACUUUGCUUCAGUGCUGCCCAAAGCAGCGUUGGGAGCAAUUCUCUCUGUUUUGGGUCUGACCCAUGUGAAGAGUCACAUUCCAUUUAAACAGUACUGCAUUGUCUGCAAGGACCAUCGCUGAAGUGGAUUCCUUCGUGGUGCAGGCCUGUGUCUGUUCAGGUAGGAAAGAAAGCAUGGUGAGCUGGGGAAUGCGGUGAGGUUUGCAUCUUUUCUGUAUAAACAAGAAUGAGACUGCAGCCUCAUACACUACCAGUUAGGAAGCUGUCACAGGCAGUUGAAAGGACAGCGUGCUUUUCACAAUUGUGCUAAACUGACUUUGAAUCUGGAAUGCAUCACUUCUGAAUAACGCAGAAAGCAAAAGAGCCAUUUAAAAUCAAAUAUAUGGUCUAAUCAGUGUAGUCUUUUCUUUUGAUUUUUACAGGCCCAGGGAGUGCAAGAGCAGUUUACAAAAAUGGACUUGAUUAUGAUCUAAGAGGGAACUUUUUGCUUCAUUUUAUUCAUUGUUGCUUGCCGAACAGAAUCAGUGGGGCAUUAUAUAGAUAUAUUUCAGGUGGUUUUAACAAAAAAAUGUACAUUUUUGUGUUUUGACCCAAAAAGACAGUGCAGUUCCUCUGUGGUCAGUAGUCUUAGAGUCUUAGGUAAAUAUGCAAUUGCUUUAGAAAAAGUGUCUAAAACAGAUUAAAACAGAUUAUCACAUGUUUGAUGGACUUAGGAUGGCUUUGAUUACAAAAUAACUUAAGGUGACUAAACUUCAGGAAGUUAGCUUAUUAGCUUUAUAAUGAAAUGUACAGAACCUUAAUUCUAGCUUAGAUAAUAGGUAUAUUGCAGGAAUUUCUCCUGACCAAGCACCCUUCAGUUCGGCUUGCACAGAAGAUGUUCCCAUUGUGCCCUUUAAUUACACUACUAAGAAUUACCAAAGUGCCUGUCGUAAACACUGUUCAUACAAGUUUUUAAAAACGCACUCAGUUUCAUGUGUCAAUCUGGACCUCGGCACGACACAUAUACCCCUGUACAUUGGCAUCUAUGAUGUUUUAUUUUGCUUAGGCUUCGCCAGGUAGCUCUCUGAGGCAUCAUUCACUUGUUUGGCUGCAUAUAGAAUAGCCUGAAUGAGCUCUUUGAGAACCAGCUUACAUGACUACAGCUUAAUCUAAUACAAUUUUCCACUUCUUCUGAAAUGACACCUCCACUGUGCAUGGCCAUCUUUGGUGAGCUCUAACGGGAAACUAUAUACUAGGAAGAGCGAAUACCUGUAAACUAUAGUUCUGAUCAGUUUUUAUGAGAAACAAGGAUAAUGAAGAUGCAGAAGCUGUCAGUAGAAGUCCUACUGAAGAAAUUUGGUCCAAUUAACCUAGCAUUCUCUUCUGACUGAAAGCAAUUUCACUAAGUGAGGGCACUGUACAUGGGUGAUAUUCAUGCCACCAUUUCUAAAUAAUGAUUUAAUGUCUGCCUUGGCAGAUGAGGGUGCCCAUGAUUCUAGCAUAUGUGUAUGAGGAACAACCUAAAAGAAGUGGCUUUCUCAGCGGGUCAGAGGGUGUGAUUUAUGUCUUGAACACUCUAUGUAAUUUGAAGGCAGAAGUGUCCAAGAAAUAAAACAUAUUCUGUGAACUCAAGAAUUGUAAAGUCUGGGAACUACAACUUCAUGUAUCAGUAGAGCUUGGGGCAUCAGAAGUACUUUUUGAGAAGAAUUGUUUUAGGAGUAAUGCAGGGCACACAAUGCAAAGGUGUAAAAAGCUUUCAGUUGGUUAUUGAAGUACAAGUUAUGUUGUCUCUUCUUCCCUCUGCCUCCUGAUACAUCAGCAGUGUCCUUUCCAACAUGUACAGGUCUGCUGAAUGAGUAACAUUUCAUGAGAGAAUUGAGAUAUUAAAUAAUGGAUGCAAAAAGAAUUGAGUGUAACAUUAGACGAUCCCAGGAGGCCCUCAAAGGAAGAGAUGGCGAACUCUUGAAAAUUUGGACCAAAAUCAGCAUUACUUAUAACAAAUUUAUUUCUGCCUUUGAAAGUUAAAAACUACAUGCACAAAUCUAUUUUUCCAUAGUUGAUGAUCCAUGGAAGAAUGAUGAGGAAGUAUGGAUUUUCCAUUAGCAAAUCAAGAACUGAAUGUCAAUGGACUAGCUUUCCAUUUUUUUUUAAAUCCUGUGCCUUAAAGGAAAGCUUGAAUAUGUUAUGUGUUUAAACCCAAGCUUUUUUCUCUGCACUUACCAUUCUUUAUUUUUGUGCUAUUGGAGCUGUUCGAUGCUGUGCUUUGUUGAAGAGGAAAGUAGCGACUGUAAUCAACUCAAUGUGUUACCUGGGUUUGGGAUUUAAGAUCAAUUCUGAUCCCUUUCUUUAUUCAACCUGCAACAGCUGGUGAAAAGAGAAGAAAGGCUGGUUGGUUUAGUACAGAUUGCCUUUUUUGCUCAUGUAAUUUUGCAACUGCAUGUAUUUAUUCAAUAAAUGAUUCAUAUGGAAUUUA